AUGGCUCGACAGUCGGCUCGGAAGGUAGCCCAGGCAAAAACCACCACGAUUGAGCCAAAAACUCGCAUCGAAAAAGCAGCGGGUGCCUCGGGGGCUUCGGUAACGACGAAGAGCACAAAAGUAACAAUUGUGACCGAAACCAAAGUUGAGGUGACCGAAACGAGGGCUCCCAAGCGUAAAACAACUCCCACUGAACCGGAAUUUGAUGGCGAGGACCUCGAAAACGCCAGUCCUGUCGAAGACAAGAAACCUGCCCCCAAGAAGCGCAAAACUACCAAGAAGGACGCCGAAAACACCAUGGCCCUAGCAGCCCGGACAGCAGUCACCUCGCUCAAGCGAGCCAUGUACAUCGGUGCCCAUGUCUCCGCCGCUGGGGGCGUCCAAAACUCCAUCCAAAACGCCACCCAUAUCGGCGCCAACGCCUUUGCCCUCUUCCUCAAAUCCCAGCGGAAAUGGGUCAGCCCGCCCCUCGCCGACGAAGCCAAAACCCAAUUCCACGACCUACUCAAGCAGCACAGCUACGACGCCGGCAAACACAUCGUCCCUCACGGCUCGUACCUCGUCAACCUCGCACAAGCCGACAAAACAAAAGCCACCCAAGCCUACGACGGCUUCCUAGACGACCUGCAGCGGUGCGAGGCGCUGGGCAUCACGCUGUACAACUUCCACCCGGGGUCGACGGGCGGCGCGGCCAUGAGCGAGGCGUGCGCGCGCAUCGCGGGGCAGCUGAACCGGGCGCACAAGGCGACCAAGACGGUGGUGACGCUGCUCGAGAACAUGUGCGGCAGCGGCAACGUGGUGGGGUCGCGGUUCGAGGAGCUGCGCGACAUCAUCGCGCUGGUCGACGACAAGGCGCGUGUCGGUGUCUGCAUCGACACCUGCCACGCCUUCGCCGCCGGGUACGACCUGCGCACGCCCGCCGCCUUCGACAAGACCAUGGCCGAAUUCGACGCCGUCGUCGGCCUCAAGUACCUGCGCGCGCUCCACAUCAACGACAGCAAGGCGCCGUUCGGCUCGCACCGCGAUCUGCACGCCAACAUCGGCACCGGCUGUCUGGGGCUGCGGGCGUUCCACAAUGUCAUGAACCACGAGAAGUUGCAGGGGCUGCCGAUGGUUCUCGAGACGCCGAUCGAUGAGAAGGGACCGGAUGGCAAGACGGUGGAGAACAAGCAGAUCUGGGCGGACGAGAUCAAGCUGCUUGAGAGUUUGAUCGGGAUGGAUGUGGACAGCGCUGAGUUCAAGGAGAAGGAGAAAGAGCUGAAUGCGCAGGGCGCGUCGGAGAGGCAGAAGAUCCAGGAGCAGGUCGAUAAGAAGGCUGGGAAAGGCGCCAAGCAGGGAACGAAGGGGAAGGCGAGGGGAAAGAAGACCAAGAAGGAGGAAGAGUCGUGCGACUCGUGCGGCGAGAGCGACUGA